AUGGGGAAAGGCGCUACUACUCAUCAAGUACAGGACACUACUCAUCAAGUACAGGACACUACUCAUCAAGUACAGGACACUACUCAUCAAGCACAAGACACUAUUAAUCAAGCACAGGACAGUACUCAUCAAGCACAGGCCACUACUCAUCAAGCACUGACCACUACUCGUCAAGUACAGGACAGUACUCAUCAAGCACAGGCCACUACUCAUCAAGCACAAGACACUACUCAUCAAGCACAGGACACUACUCAUCAAGCACAGGCCACUACUCAUCAAGCACAGGACACUACUCAUCAAGCACAGGACACUACUCAUCAAGUACACGACACUACUCAUCAAGCACAGACCACUACUCAUCAAGCACAGACCACUACUCAUCAAGCACAGACCACUACUCAUCAAGCACAGACCACUACUCAUCAAGCACAGGACGCUACUCAUCAAGCACAGGACACUACUCAUCAAGCACAGGCCACUACUCAUCAAGCACAGGACAGUACUCAUCAAGCACAAGACACUACUCAUCAAGCACUAGCCACUACUCAUCAAGUACAGGACACUACUCAUCAAGCACAGACCACUACUCAUCAAGCACAGAUCACUACUCAUCAAAUACAGGACACUACUCAUCAAGCACAGGCCACUACUCAUCAAGCACAGACCACUACUCAUCAAGCACAGGACACUACUCAUCAAGCACAGACCACUACUCAUCAAGCACAGACCACUACUCAUCAAGCACAGACCACUACUCAUCAAGCACAGGACGCUACUCAUCAAGCACAGGACACUACUCAUCAAGCACAGGACGCUACUCAUCAAGCACAGGACACUACUCAUCAAGCACUGACCACUACUCAUCAAGUACAGGACAGUAUUCAUCAAGCACAGGCCACUACUCAUCAAGCACUGACCACUACUCAUCAAGUACAGGACAGUACUCAUCAAGCACAGGCCACUACUCAUCAAGCACAAGACACUACUCAUCAAGCACAGGAUACUACUCAUCAAGCACAGGCCACUACUCAUCAAGCACAGGACACUACUCAUCAAGCACAGACCACUACUCAUCAAGCACAGACCACUACUCAUCAAGCACAGACCACUACUCAUCAAGCACAGACCACUACUCAUCAAGCACAGGCCACUACUCAUCAAGCACAGGACACUACUCAUCAAGCACAGACCACUACUCAUCAAGCACAGGACACUACUCAUCAAGCACAGACCACUACUCAUCAAGCACAGACCACUACGCAUCAAGCACAGUCCACUACUCAUCAAGCACAGACCACUAUGCAUCAAGCACAGACCACUACUCAUCAAGCACAGACCACUACGCAUCAAGCACAGUCCACUACUCAUCAAGCACAGACCACUACUCAUCAAGCACAGGACACUACUCAUCAAGCACAGACCACUACUCAUCAAGCACAGACCACUACUCAUCAAGCACAGACCACUACUCAUCAAGCACAGGACGCUACUCAUCAAGCACAGACCACUACUCAUCAAGCACAGGACACUACUCAUCAAGCACAGACCACUACUCAUCAAGCACAGACCACUACUCAUCAAGCACAGGACACUACUCAAGCACAGGACAAUACUCAUCAAGCACUGGCCACUACUCAUCAAGCACAGACCACUACUCAUCAAGCACAGGACACUACUCAUCAAGCACAGACCACUACUCAUCAAGCACAGGACGCUACUCAUCAAGCACAGGACACUACUCAUCAAGCACAGGACACUACUCAUCAAGCACAGACCACUACUCAUCAAGCACAGGACGCUACUCAUCAAGCACAGGACACUACUCAUCAAGCACAGACCACUACUCAUCAAGCACAGGACGCUACUCAUCAAGCACUGGCCACUACUCAUCAAGCACAGGACACUACUCAAGCACAGGACACUACUCAUCAAGCACAGGACACUACUCAUCAAGCACAGACCACUACUCAUCAAGCACAGACCACUACUCAUCAAGCACAGACCACUACUCAUCAAGCACAGGACGCUACUCAUCAAGCACAGGACACUACUCAUCAAGCACAGGACACUACUCAUCAAGCACAGGACACUACUCAUCAAGCACAGGCCACUACUCAUCAAGUACAGGACACUACUCAUCAAGCACAGGACACUACUCAUCAAGUACAGGACACUACUCAUCAAGCACAGGACACUACUCAUCAAGUACAGGUCACUACUCAUCAAGCACAGUACAGUACUCAUCAAGCACAGGUCACUACUCAUCAAGCACAGUACACUACUCCUCAAGCACAGGACACAACUCAUCAAGCACAGACCACUACUCAUCAAGCACAGACCACUACUCAUCAAGCACAGGCCUUAACACGCCUGUAA